AACAGAAAAAAAAAAGAUAAUGCGAAAAUUUGUUGAGUUCAUUUAGGAUAAAUUCUUAAAGAUCCCAAAUAUCAUUCAUAAAUCAUAGCAUCGGUUCCUAGUUCCGGGAAGCGAUUAUGGGAAAAACUAUAAGCUGCUCUGUUUUCCUAGCUUUAGUAUCUUGUUUCUAUUUGCAGUUUGGAACUGCUUUAGAUAUCAUAACACCAUCAAAAUCCAUCAAAGACCCUGAAUCUAUAAUCUCCCAGAGUGGAGUUUUCCGAUUGGGGUUCUUCAGCUUUGCUAAUUCCAGCAAUCGUUAUGUAGGGAUACUGUACAAUCAAAUCCCCGUACUAACAGUGGCAUGGGUAGCAAACAGAAACAAGCCUCUCAAAGACUCUUCUGGGAUUCUCAACAUAUCAGAUGAUGGCAACCUUGUUGUUUUGAAUGGCAAAACUGAGAUUCUCUGGUCAUCGAAUGUUACCAAUACAGCUCCUAAUACAACAACUGCCCAGCUUUUAGACUCAGGAAACCUCAUCCUCAGUAAUGGUGACGAUGGAGGAAGCAGCUUAUGGGAGAGUUUUGAAGAUCUUUCUAAUGCCUUCAUUGAAACUAUGAAGAUCAGCACUGAUGUAAAAAAGGGUCGUCAAGUGGAGCUCAAAUCAUGGAAAAGCCCUAGUGAUCCAUCUGAUGGUAACUUUUCUUUUGGCAUUGAACCUUUCAACAUCCCAGAGGGCAUCAUUCGGAAGAAUAACCAGCUCUAUUUUCGGACCGGUCCGUGGAAUGGGAAUAUGUUUCUUGGCUCAAUACUUAUGACCGCCGUUUAUACUGAUGGGUUUUAUGUUGUUGCAGAUAAUCAACAACAAACGUUUUAUAUGGCUUUUGAAUAUUCUAAUGACUCUAUGUUGAUAUACUGUGAAUUAGAUUCUCAAGGAAAAUUCAUUGAACGGAGAUGGGAUGCGGGGAAAGGGAACUGGAUAAACAGGUACUCUAGUUUUCAAACAGAUUGUGAUAUUUAUGGAUACUGUGGGGCAUUUGGAAUAUGCGAUUCCUCGAAACGUUGCAGUUGCAUAAAGGGGUUUAAGCCUAGGAAUAUAGAGGAAUGGAGUAGAGGUAAUGGGAGUAGUGGGUGUUUUAGGACUACCCCUUUGCAGUGCCAAAGAGAUAACACCAAUGGCAGUGGAGGAGCAGGCCAAGGUGAUGAUGGGUUUUUGAAGAUGAUGGUGAAGAAAGUGCCGGCAUUCCCGGUCCGGUCAUCGAUAAUUAACGGCGACUGCAAAGAUCAGUGCUUAGAAAACUGCUCGUGCGUGGCUUAUGCGUAUGAUGCUGGCAUUGGUUGCAUGUUUUGGAGUGGAGAUUUGAUUGAUGUGCAGAAAUUCUCCACUAGCGGAGUCGAUCUUUACAAUCUUUACAUUCGUUUACGAUCUUCUGAACUUGAUAAAGGGAAAAAUACAAAGGUCAUUGUUAUUACAACAGUAAUUGCGGGCAUAAUCGUAAUUACAAUUUCUGCACUCUUCUUAUGGUGUAGGAUGGCUAAACAAAGAGAAAGGAAUGAAAAACGCAAACAUAUCAAACACAAAAUUUAUAGAGAAAAUUCAAUCGGAGUUAAACUCCAGCAGCUGCCACUAUUCAAUUUCAAACAACUUGCCAUUGCAACGAAUAAUUUCAAUCACGCAAAAAAGCUAGGCCAAGGUGGUUUCGGUUUGGUUUACAAGGGAAUAUUAGAUGAUGGAAAGGAAAUAGCAGUGAAGAGAUUAUCGAAAGCUUCGGGGCAAGGCCUGGAAGAAUUUGUGAAUGAAGUGGUUGUGAUUUCUAAGCUCCAACAUCGAAAUCUAGUUAGAUUAUUUGGGUGUUGUGUUGACAGAGAGGAAAAGAUGCUCGUCUACGAGUACAUGCCCAACAAAAGUUUGGACUCUUUUAUCUUUGAUCCGGUUAAACAAAAAAUCUUGGAUUGGAAAAAACGCUUUAACAUUAUUGAAGGGAUCAGUCGAGGAUUGCUUUAUCUUCAUAGAGAUUCAAGACUGAGGAUUAUACAUAGAGAUCUAAAAGCUAGUAAUGUUUUACUCGACCGAGAGUUAAAUCCAAAAAUUUCAGAUUUUGGGAUGGCUAGGAUUUUUGGAGGCAAUGAAAAUCAAGCCAACACUAAAAGGGUUGUUGGAACUUAUGGUUAUAUGUCUCCCGAAUAUGCAAUGAGAGGGCAGUUUUCAGAGAAAUCAGAUGUGUUCAGCUAUGGAGUUCUACUACUGGAGAUUAUUAGCGGAAGAAGAAACAUAAGCUUUCACAAUAGGGAUGAUCUUGGCCUCUUGGGAUAUGCAUGGAAAUUAUGGAAUGAAGGCAAUAUUUGGAACUUAGUAGACAAGGCGAUUUCAGAGUCCGAAUCAGAUUCAAAGAAUGAGAAAGAGAUAUGGAGAUGCAUAAAUGUUGGUUUGCUAUGCGUUCAAGAAUAUGCUAAUGAUAGGCCAACUAUGUCUACUGUUGUUUCAAUGCUUAAUAGUGAGAUUUCAGAUCUUAACACUCCAAAACAACCUGCUUUCACUCAAGCACCACUAAUAAUCCAAGUUGUUAAAAAUACGGAUUCAAUUAAUGAUGUAACUCUUACAAAGGUUAAUGGCCGAUGAAGAUGCAAAUUAACAAUACUGAAGUUUAUUUUUAUAUUUUGUUUUGAUUUA